UGCGCCAAGGUGCUUAUAAGAAGCUUCCAUGCCGCAUCCUGGAAGCACAGAAAGGACACUUUAAGUCGGGCAUGGAGUUGAUCGACAUGACGAUGGACCACUUUAAUCCCCGGCGCAAAGACGACUGCGCAACGGACAUCCAAGUGCAGUUCAGCAUCCAGUCUCCGCUGUUGCCCCCGAAAGAGGACGACGAACUGGGCAAGUUCUUAGAUCUGGAGUUCAUUUUAUCCAACACGCUGGGUUCCGACGCGCCGAGCAGCGGCACCGACUCCAGCGGAGGAACGUCACCGCCGUGCGCCUACGCGCUGCCGGAGUCCCCGGACAGCUGCGGUGGGAGCUCGGUCAACGAGUGCUACCAAGGCGCGAUUCGCUUCACGGAGCGGAGCCUCAUGGCGGAGCUUCUGGCGCCCGAUGUCGGCUUGCCGGAGUGCGCGGACGCCAAGCGGAGGGACGGGCGGGAGUACACCGAGCUGCGCGCGCCGAACCCGGCAUGCCACUACCAGCAGCAGCCGCCUCCCGGAUGCAAGGUGAAAAGAGAGUCCGGCGGUCAGUCUUGCAUGCUGGCGGGUGCGGACUGGAACAUGUACGAGAAGCAGGCAGCUUUCAUGCACGCCGUGCCCCCUCAGGGACGCGCUGACCCCCACUUCCACCCCCACUACGUGAGCACCCACUACCAUUACGCGCAACACAACUUCCACGGACAGUACAACAUGCACCCGCACCACCAAACGCAGGGGGUGGUUAUGCUCACCCCGCCGUCCUCGCCGUCCGUCAUGGACUUCUACGCUCCGGAUGACGUCAAGCAGAAGCGAGGACGCAGGUCGUGGGCCAGGAAGCGUGCCGCCACACACAACUGCGAGUUCCCGGGGUGCGGGAAGACGUACACUAAGAGCUCGCACCUUAAAGCGCACAUGAGGACGCACACAGGUGAGAAGCCCUACCACUGCAACUGGGACGGCUGCGGGUGGAAGUUCGCCCGCUCGGACGAGCUGACCCGCCACUUCCGCAAGCACACAGGUCACCGACCUUUCCAGUGCCACCUCUGCGAGAGGGCCUUCUCCCGCUCGGAUCACUUGGCGCUGCACAUGAAACGCCACAUGUAGCCUAUUAUGGGAUGUCGCGUACUCUCCACACUUUGUACAUACCUGUGCAUAUAUAUAUUUUUUGCUAAAUUAUGUCUCUGCAAUAAGUUAUUGACUGCCUUAACCAGCUGCUGUUGACUUUAGAAUUGUUUGUACAUUUUGUGUUAUAUUUUCAUGACAAAAGUGCCUAAGCAAUGAAGGUGUUCAUGUUCCAUUCGCAGGGGAAAAACUAUUUUAUCAUGAUAUAUAUAUAUUUUUAAAUUUGAACUGCUGUAUGAGACACAGAUCUGUACCUCUUUCACUUGAAAAGAUUGUAUUUUUUACGCUAAAGGGCUGAAAAAUAAAAAGUACUUUAAGUAAA